AUGCUCAAGCUGAAGUUUGGUAAGAAACCGUCGCAACCCCCGGGAGAGUCAGCAUCCACACCCACGCCCACGCCAGCUCCAGCUCCAGCUCCAGCUCCAGCUCCAGCAGCACCAGCUACAGCAUCCCCCGCCGAGCCUCAGCGCAAGAUCACCCUGAAAAUUGGUCGCAAACCCCAACCUGAUCCUACACCCACCGAGAAGGAGAAACCAAAGAAGAAGAAAGCUUCGACGAAGAAGCGACCUGCCGACAAUGUCGCGCAGCCUGAACCCGCGCCGACCACCCAGCUUGGACCCAAGCGACUCAAGCUCAACCCCUCUAAGAAACCUGGCCUCCAAUCGAUUCGCAUCAAGAACAAACAAACAGUGCCCACUCGGCCAGUCGGCGUGGGAUACGAUUCAGAAGCGUCGGAUACGGAAGUGGACCCAGCGAUCGAGGAGCAGUUUAUCCUACGAAUGUUACCCGGUGACGACUGCGAAUAUCUUCGUCAAGCAAUUACUGAGAGGAAAUUUGACAAGUCCGAAUUCUCCUUCAAGCCUCUAACCCGUGACGCACGACGUGCCAUCCUCAAAAUCCGCGACAAGCAAUAUGCCGCCGCCAUGGUCGACCUUCCUACAAUUACCGAAGGCAUGAAGAGUUGGGAUCGUCGGGGGUGGUAUAAAUCAGCCGAUAUCUCUCAGAUGCUCCUGAUAUUGGGCCCAGUGGCCAACGAGGAAGAAGCUAUGAAGCACGAGGUGCCCCCAGAAGUCUUACAGCCAGAUACCAAAACACUUCAAUAUCCCCAUGGUCUAGCACCACCGCUGCGCUGGGUUCGCAAGCGCAGAUUCCGUGACCGCCUCAGUGCACGCACUAUCGAGCAAGUCGAGAAAUCAGUCGAGGAUCUAGUCGCUCAAGAUGAGGAGUCAGUCUUCCCUCCGCGAUUCGAGGUGGUUGACAGCUCCUCCUUGAACCGCGGUGAAUCUUUCAUCAACAACGACGAAUACUAUGAAGAAUACGAUGAAGAACAGGAUGCCGAGGGUGAAGUAGAGGAUGAGAUGAUGGAUGACUUUGACGACGACCUCGCCGGUGAACUUGAAGCUGCUCUCGCGGGCGACGGUGAUGACGAUCAACCGGCCCCGACCGACAAUGGAGGUCCCGAACAGGCAGGGACACCGUCAGCUAAACCUUCGGCCGGAGCAGGCUACUCUUCAGGAGAGAGUGACGUUUCUGAUGAAGAUGAGGAUCUGGACGACGACCAAGUCGAACAACAACAACUCCUCCAGCAGCAUCGCGAGGAGAUCGCCGAGUUGGAAAACCUCAUCAAGAACGAAACAGCCCAAUGGGAGAAGGUACAGAACGCAAUUCUGCGGCAGAAGAUGAGCCGACGUAUCCAGGAGUUGAAGAAGGAUCUCGAACUGAAGAAGGUCUCCGCCGGCCUCCCUGGCGACACCGACAUCUGA